AACAUAUCUGAAGUUAUGGUUCAUAUUUAUCUUUAUAUACACUUGUAUUUGGGAACAUGGAUUAGUAUUAUUCAAUAAUGCUUAAUUUCUAUUUGAAAACAUUUGCUGACAUAAAUAGUUUUUCUUUAAAUUCUCAGAUUUUAAGGUAACAAUACGAUUUCCUUAAAGGAUAAACUUGAGGGAAUAAUUGCAAUGUUGAACUUUGUUUACUCUUCUUUUAAACCGUAUGUGUGUAUAAAGCUGGACAUCGUCGUUCAGAUGCGCCAUGACCGUCAUUGGUCGAUCGGAGUGUCAGCGACGUGUGUUCUCUUCAAUGAUUGGUCAGCGCUUUUAAUUGGGCGGGCCCGAGCGCUGUGGUUGACGUUGUUGUUGUUUUAAGUGGCUAAAGAAUUACUUUGCCGUUGGUGGUCCGGUGUGGAUUUCUAACUCGAGUGGUCAUCGUGAAAAGUACAAAAAGUGAAUCUCUCAUGGACAUUGUUACGAAGACUGCAUCGAGGAGCUCAGAAGUCCUGGAAAACUAUUAUAACCGAUGAAAUGUUAUCUGCGAGGCCGCUUAAGGUGUGACUGGCAGCGUAGCGUGGAGUAGAGAGCGGCUCCUCCCCCUCCUCCUCCUCCUCCCACCACCUCCCUGGCUGCGGUGGCCAGGACUGUUAUCAGUGAACAGUUAGUCUGUCUAGUUGGGUUUAGUUUCCUCCGCUCCGAUGCUCCCCCAUCGCCCUGUCACUUCAUGAUCACAUGACCGUGGAUAUGGACACAGUCCUGUCCGAAUUUGUGCGUUCAACUGGAGCCGAACCGGGACUGGCAAGGGAUCUUCUGGAGGGUAAGAACUGGGACAUCACGGCGGCCCUCAGCGACUUCGAGCAGCUGAGACAGGUGCACGCCGGCAACCUGCCGUACUCCUUCGGCGAGGACAGGAAGUACCCGCCCCCGGCGGAGAAGGACAUGGCCCGGGUGGGCCGGCCCCUGCUGCAGCGGCAGGAGGAAGUGGUGCAAGCGCCUCCAAGCUCACUGCGGCCAUCUUGUCUCGCCGCUCCCCCAGCAGCGACGGAGAAGCGUCUGUCACGCGGCAUCUCCCACGCCAGCUCCACCAUCGUGUCGCUGGCGCGCUCGCACGUGUCCAGCACGGGCGCCACGGCCUGCGACCUGCUGGACAUGCCGCUGUGCACCUUCCAGCUGCCCGACCUCACCGUGUACCGCGACGACUUCCGGGGCUUCAUCGAGAGGGACCUCAUAGAGCAGUCCAUGAUGGUGGCGCUGGAGCAUGCCGGUCGUCUCAACUGGUGGACAAGGGUGGGCCCAAACUGCCAGAGUCUGUUACCGUUGGCAACCAGCGGGGAUGGGAAUUGCCUGCUACACGCCGCCUCUCUGGGGAUGUGGGGCUUCCACGACCGGGACCUGAUGCUCCGGAAGUCCCUGUACACGUUGAUGGACCACGGGCAGGAGCGGGAGGCGCUUCGCCGCCGCUGGAGGUGGCAGCAGACGCAGCAGAACAAAGAGUCUGGCCUGGUGUACACAGAGGAGGAGUGGCAGAAGGAGUGGAACGAGUUACUGAAGCUGGCGUCCAGCGAGCCCAGGAUACACUACAGCACUAACGGCACCAACGGGACGGAGUCUGCGGAGGAGCCGGUGUACGAGAGCCUGGAGGAGUUCCACGUGUUCGCCCUGGCCCACGUCCUCAAGAGGCCCAUCGUGGUGGUGGCCGACACCAUGCUCCGAGACUCUGGGGGAGAGGCGUUCGCCCCCAUCCCAUUCGGAGGAAUCUACCUUCCGCUGGAGGUGCCGGCUGCAAAGUGUCACAGAUCCCCGCUGGUGCUGGCCUACGACCAGGCCCACUUCUCAGCCCUGGUGUCCAUGGAGCAGAAGGACGGCUCCAAAGAGCAGGGUAAAGUGGUGAUCCCUCUGACGGACUCGGAGCACAAAAUGCUGCCAGUGCACUUUGCUGUGGACCCCGGGAAGGCGUGGGAGUGGGGCAAGGAUGACACGGACAACGUCAUGCUGGCCAGGGUGGCACUCUCCCUAGAGGCCAAGCUCCAGAUGUUGCACAGCUACAUGACCGUCACGUGGCUGCCCCUGCCUUGUGAGCAGGCUCCCCUGGCCCAGCCCGAGUCCCCCACGGCCUCGGCGGGGGAAGACGCCCGCACGCCGCCCGACUCCGGGGAAUCAGACAAGGAGUCGGUCAGCAGCAGCUCCAACGGCAACGGGGAGAGCGUCGGCGUGGCGACUGUCAACGGGGGCGGGACGUCCUCCAAGAACCACUCGACGUCCUCGUCCAGCUCGUCCAGCAACGGAUCGGGCGCCGGCACCGCCAAGGACAAAGACAAGGACAAAGACAAGGACAAGAGCAAGAAGGACAAGGACAAGAAGCGGGCCGACUCGGUGGCCAACAAGCUGGGCAGCUUCGGCAAGAGCCUGGGCAGCAAGCUGAAGAAGAAUGUGGGCGGGCUGAUGGCCGGGAAGGGCACCGCCGGGGGCGGGGCCAAGCAGGAGGGCGGGGAGAAGAAGAAGGGGUCCCUGAAGGGGAGGAAGGGCAGCAAGGAGGGCUCUCCCUCGGCCCACGUCUCGGAGGACUCCGGGAAGGGCUCGCCGUCGUCGGGCAGCGAGCGUCUGGCGGGCACGGGCAGCAGCACCAGCAGCAGCGGCAGCGGCGGCAGCACCGAGUCGGACCCCUACAAGUACAGCGCCGACGUCAAGGUGAGCCUGGGCAUCCUGCGCGCCGCCAUGCAGGGCGAGAGGAAGUUCAUCUUCGCCGGCCUCCUCACCACGAGCAACCGCCACCCCUUCCAGGAGGAGAUGAUCCAGCGCUACCUGGCCGACGCCCAGGACCGCUUCCGCUCCGAGCCGGAGGACGGGGACCGGAAGGGCGGGGCCAACGGCUCGCCGCUGGCCAAGAAGGAGCCGGGCGGGGAGGCGGGCUACCGGCCGUACGAGCCCAAGGAGGAGCAGCAGCAGCAGCAGCAGCCGGCGGAGGGCUUGGCGCUGUCCUACAGCCACCUGAAGCCCUCGCCGCUCAGCCCCAGCAUGUACUCUGGCGUGGUGCCCAUCCCCCGGGCCUGCCUCAUCCAGCAGCCCCCCGCCUCGCUGCCCCCGGCCUCGCUGCCCCCGGCACAGAGCCUCCACCCCCACGCCUACCUGGACACGCGCCGGCAGCUGGCCGGGGGCUCGCCCGCCUCCUCCUACCCCGGCCUGCCCUCCUACGCCACCCUCCCCCGCCACUGUCCCACUGCACAGCCCCCCCCCCAGCUGCACUACAUCCCCCCGCAAGGCCCCGCCUCCCUCAGCCCGUCCCGCCUCAUCCCCAGCUCCUACACCCCCACCUUCCCUCUGGAGCACCACCCUCCGGACUACCCGCUGUCCGAGCCCCCCGGUAGUGUCGGGGGCGGCAGCUACAGCAACGGCUUCCGGGACCUGCGGCCCGGCCUGGACUCUCGUGGCGGGCUGCCCCCGGUACGACACUACUCACUGGGCAGCGCCGGCGCCCUGUCCUCCCUGUCCAGCACCUGCCGGACACAGGACUGCCCCUACUACGGCCACCCGGAGACGGGGAACUACUGCUCCUGCUGCUACCGCGAGGAGCUGAAGAGGAGGGAGACGGAGCCGGCCAUCCACCGCUUCUAAACCAACCUUCGUCCACAAAGUGGCCUUCAGAUUUCCCCCAGAAAGAGGCGGUGUUUGGAGGGGCGGGUGGCGCGGGAGAGCGGCUCUAGCAGCUCUGCCCCCACCCCCUUCCGGGUGUGGGUCUGCUCUUGUUGGGAGCUAGCAGACGAGACACCCCAGAGGACUGCCAGCGGUCGCUGGCCCUGGCAGACUCUAGGUUGAACCAACUGCACUUCUGUUAAGCUUGGCAGUGACUCUUAUGCGGGCGUUCUCGUGUGUGUGUGUGUGUGUGUGCGUGUUUGUGUUAGGGUUGGGCAAUUAUUUAUUUUUUUUCCUUUUUUUCCCCCUGUAAACCACAAAACAUUGCGGUUUACGGUUCAACUGUCUGAAAAAAGCAACUCAUAUUAUGAAGCGUUAGCGCAUCUUAUAACUUCUGUUUCCAACGUGCCAUGAGAUGCUACAGUCUCUUCUGCCACAGGGUCGAAGCAAUCCUCUGCAAAUCACUCCCCAUUUUUGGCUCAUAGAUAAUUCAUUUAAACUGAAUUAUCUGGUAUAAUGCUUCUCGGACUGUUUGAUGAAUAGAUAUGGGAUUAAUUGCGACCUUCAAAAGCUUGUUAUCCAUAACAUUGUUUUAGUAGGUUAGGCUAGACCUUUACGGUGAAAGGAAUUAUUAAAUUAUAUUCUGCUGUCGGCUACCUGAAACUGGGUUACUUUGACAGGUAGUUUCCCCGGGACAUCCAACAUGUUGCCAGCCUAUAGAGCUCGUAAGUCCGCCCCUUCCGGGAGACCCUCAUGGGACCUCUGGCUCUGGGCUAGGAAAAUAUGAAUGGGUUUCAAUAGAGAGUAACUAUUUUCUGGUCCCAGUCUUUAUAUAGCCCUGGGUUACACGUAUGUUGUUUGUGGAUUUAAAGGAUAAUUUUUCAUGCAAAGAUGUUUGACCGUUUAUUGUGCAAUUGAUUAGUUAAAGGCAGUUGAGAAAUCACAAUGAGAAAGACUAAACGUCUCGUAUGUGACGUCACGCUCCCUGCGACUGGCGUGGACAAGAACGACAAUCUCCCAAUCGGCAUAACUGAAAAUCGACACAUGCCCUGACUUAUUAUGGUUUUCGCCUCUUCCGAUGCUGUUAUCCUCCCCUUGGAAAAAAGCAGUGAAAUGGAGCAGAGAGAUCGCCAUGUCUGUACCAGAGUGGUUAUGACGUAUAUCCUUCGCGUUGAGAGCAGCGGGGAGCUGUAGUUCACAAAGCGGCCUCACACAAAACCUAACAUUAUCAAACUUCUUCGCGAUUCUUUUAGUUUUCUUUGCAUGAAAAAUUAUAAUUUCAAUCCACCACCAACAUAUGUGUAAUCCAGGGCAUAUAAAGACUGGGACCAGAAAAUAAUUACUUUCUCCCCAUUGAAACCCAUUCAUAUUUUACGAUCUCAGAGGUCCCAUGGGGGUCUACCGGAAGGGGCGGAUUUACGAGCUUUUUUGAGAAGUGUUGUGUUUCCUGUUAUUCCCCUGUACAACACCCCAACCAAUAUUCUGCAUGUAUGCCGAUAUAGUUGGAGAGAUGAUUUGACCUUCCUCAUUUGUGCUCAUCCAACCUCAGAAAUAAAUCUGCCAGCACUUUAUACCUUGCUUUCAUCAAUAUUUAUAUAGCCUAGGCUCAGUGCACAUAAGGUGGAGCAAAUGCUGGUAAUUCGAUCUGGCAUUCAAUUGAGAAUUUACGGUCAACAAACCGAAUUCAAUGUAUGCUAAUGGUCAAUCAUUAAUUCUGCCUUUAUUCUCUAACACAAGGAACAUGCCUCCAGCAAGUUUGUUUUGUGUGCUGAAGAAUUAAGGGAGUAGUUCAACCAUUAAUUUCCUUUAAUCUGAAUGUUCCAAAUUGAUUUCAGUCAUUCACAGGCGCUGCUAAUCGCUUUUCCUAGCUCACUCUGGCCCUUCAGCAUCAUAGGCUUGUUUCUUGUGCUCAAGGAAAUCCCACUGGUUGGUUGACAUCAGAUCAAAUUCUCUAGCCUCAAAUGAACGCAGCAGACACUAAGUACGACCCCAGAUCUGUGUCAGAAAAUUUAAAGAAGUGUGAAAUCAUUAAACGCUUAUUAGAUUGACGUAUUUUAAGACGGUAUUGAUAUGGACUGCAUUAUAUUUGUUAUAAACCGUGAUAAAGCGUUCCAUUGGAAAAUCGCCCAACCCUAGUGUGUAUGUUUGCGUGUGUGUGCGCGCGGUGGAGAGGCUACCGUGCCACUGUCUCCCCCUGGUGGUGUCUAUAAAUGACUGGUCCUCACAAUACUAAAUCUCUAACACACAGCAGAGAAAGCACAAAGAGGGAGAGAACACCUCUGCUUCAUAAGUGGGAAGAAUAAUAUUUGAUAUAUUUGAGUUGGUGAACUAAUGGGGUUUUAAAGAUGCAUCUACAACUUCUUGUUUUAAAGUACUGUUAGAAAUGUCAUGCAUUUUCAUGGAUUUCAUGGAAGUUGCAUCAGUCCGUUGUUUCCUCCUUUCCUUGAGUAACUUUUGUUAUUUGCUUAAAGAGAGUCCAUGUAAUGCUAUAAACUCUACAGGCCUGCUUUGGUGCUAACGUUUCGGGGAACUCAAACAGACUGGCAUUGGCAGGUUUAAACACCAAUAUUUUGUCGAUUACAUCUUUUAUUUUUUUGCAGCAUCUCCUUGAAAACAAGAAAGUAUAUAUUUAUUUAUUUUUUUCCAGUGACUAUGAACCAUCGGAGUAGUGUUUGGAACUGGGGUGUUUCAGAGGCGGUGUGGCUAACGAAGCCUGCAUGCGUGUUCCCCGGCCCGUUUAAAACGUAUGCAGCAAAGCUUCCCCCUCUCCUGGUUAGCACAGUGGUAUUUAGUUUGCUCACCACCUGAACGGACGAAUGCAUCGUUGCAAACCACAAACACAGUCGCAUUCUGUUGUGGGAGCUACCGCUCAUCGCUGCUGUCAUGCUGGCUUCCAAUAGCCUCUGUCGCAAUUCAUGCAUUGGUUCAGGAUUGUUUUAAGGCUUACAAGUCACGAGAAGCACAAUAUGUGAAUCUUUGAAUCCCUGGUCAGCAAUCUUAUCAGCCUGCGGUUUACUGCAGCGUUCAGGCAUUUUGAUGUUGUUUCAUCCAUUGGCCAAUCCAUCUCCCUGUGUAGUGUUGCAUGCAGCGUUGCAAAGUGGCGCAUGCAGUCGUCAUUGCAUGUCUAUUAUGAUGAUAACGUUGUGGUGAAAUGUUCUAGGAUACGACACAAGGUGUUGGAUGUUAGGACGCUCCCUCCAACCUACCUAUCCCCUCCCGGCCCAUGUCUGUGUGUAAUGAUCCAGAACUCCUACUGAUCUCAGACUCCUCUUAGGAAGACCCUAAGCCCGAAGCAUCGGAACCUCUUAAAACCAGUCACCUCUUUCUGCACAAAGUCAAGCACUUUCUCCCCUGGGCCUUGGACCAUGUCCUGUCCGCUCGGUCCUGGAGGGCCCUGGCUGUUGUCCUGACGCUUACAUCACAGCUCUCCUUGAUACUUUAAGGCUCUAGAUACUGCCAUCCAUAGGAGCAGGAGGGCAGAGACUCGGGGCCGGCUGCUAGUUUGCUUGUAUAGUAGCGCCAGUCGGUGUGGGGAGCAGGGGGCCAGGGAAAGCCAGAUGCCUUUUUGCCGUGGCAGUGCUGGUGGCUGUUAACCGUCCUCUUUUAGUGAGGGAUCGCAAGACAAAGGUUACAGUUCUGUCCUCUCUUUCUCUCUCUGUCUCUCCCAUUGGUCCUUGUAUCUUUCUCUCGCUCUUUGUCCUAUCUGCUCUUUGUCUCUCUCCCUUCAUCUCUCUCCCUCCAUGUCUCUUGCUUGGUGAGUUGUGGAUGCCGUCGAAAAGAGCCCAUAUUCUACUCCUCAGUAAUCAUGUACGAGGCUUCCUCCACUAACGGUCUUCAUCCUUUUCCUAUAACAAUAAACAAAAUAUUACUAAGUCAUGUCAUGAAGACAACUGUUCAGAUAUUAACAAAAUGCUUUUUUCACCUUUCCUUCAAAUUGCUAAAUUGGGUACAAGUCAAAGCACAAUUAAGUAUGCAAUUCACUGCCUUGCCCAAUAGAUGGCACUGUUGUUUUUCCAGUAUUUUGCGAAUUCGCAUUAGACUACAGAGAUUAGCCUACAUACAACUGAACGUUCUUCCCACUUUGUGGUUACUAGCUAAGUAUAUUUUGAAUAUUGCUGGUUUUAACGAUUAAAUUUAGGCUCUGAGAAAUGUAAUACUAUCAUGUAGUAUUAUCACACAAUCCGAUUCCACCACUGUUUUAUACCCCUAUACAUACGUAUGUGUUAAUGUGUGUAGUGAUGCGUGUGUUGUGGUGUGUUCAUGCAAUAAUGCCGGACGAAGAUAUUUGCUAACAGUUUUUUGUUUGACCUCAGCCACAGUUCCCAUUCGGGAAAACCCAUAACUGUGUGUUCUUUGCUCCCCUUCCCAAAAAUGUAUCAGCAAGGAAAUGAAAGCUUUACGAAGGAAAACGUCAAAUCAUGAACUGAAUGGACAGAAACGAGUUCUUUUUAUUAUCGAAGAGGGACAAAAUUAGCGGAGGAGUUGUAUAGAUAUGUUUGAGGUUUUAUUUUUGUAAGCCCAGUGAUCUCUUGUUACCCAGAAGAAGAAUGUAUGUUAUCCACACUACGACGCUGACGGGCCGAGCUCUGGGAGUAACCUGUUUGAUCCCAUGAAGACUUUAGGGCUCUCCUCAGAAGAACUGAGGAGCACUCUCAAGGUUUUCAAAACGGUUUCUUCCAACUAGCCUGACGAGAUACGAUUUGAGAAUAUAAGUAUAUAUUUAUAGGAAGUUUGUUCAAUUUUAUUUUUAUUUGUGGCGCGUUUAGUUGAGCUAACCUAGAAUGUUCUUUCUCACAUGGGUUACAGUCUGGCAGCCGGGCAUUUGGCUUCUCUUGAGUUCUGUCAUUACUUUGUUCCUACAACGACCAAUAUCUGUGCAAUGCUAAAAGAUGACGCUAACGAUAGGAGACGGGAUUGGUCGGGAGAUGGAACCUUCCGCCAUUUCUGGCCUGGCUUUCUCCCACAAAAUAAAAACACCGACUUUUUUUUGUUUAGUUUCUAACAACUGACUUAAUAUUAUAUAUUUUUAUAUUGUACAUCGGUGUCAUUUAUUUUGUAACAUUCACACGAUACUUUGGUUGCAUGGAACUGAAACAGUUGCACGUAAAAGGCAAUUCAUUUAACCAAAUGUAUGCUUUUACUUUUAAAUUCAGUUGUCCCUUUUUUAAGUUUGAUGUAUUUUAUGAGGAGAGAUCGAAGGCUGCGUGACUGUGCAAUCUAGACAAGAAAGAACUGAUUUAUGUUAUUAUAAUAAUUAUUGAAUUUCUUUUUUGCACCGUUUGAAUAAAUUCUCAAUGUAUUUCAAAAAAGAUGUCCUCAUGUCCACCAUUAUUGUUUGAUUCUUUGUGUGUGUGUAUAUAUAUUCUUGAUUAUGUAAAUAUCCUCAGCUGAAUCAAUAUACCCAUGUCAGAUACAGAUUGUGCAAAUGAACAGUUGAGAUGGUGUGGAGUAACAAAACAUCUAAGCUCAUCAUCAACAAUGAACUAUUAUAAAGUUGUUGCCUAUGUAAUAACUGGCCUUAUAAUCCUUAUAAUUGUAACAGAUUAAAACUAAAGUAGCAUACUUCUGCGUACUGCCGUUAUAAAGGUUCAGUUGUGCCAUGGGGUCAUAUGGGGUCAACUAUACAUUGUGGCUAUAAAGUUAUAGUCUGUAGCCUACUUAUAAUGAAAUGUUUUACCUGCAAACACUAUAUUUAUAAGACUGAAGUGGCAAAAUAUAAUGUGGUUAAGUGUAUUCUAGACAGACCUACACAAACUACUGAAAGGUGGCUUUUGUGGGUGCAGGCAUAGCUGUAUACCUUACAAAAACCUGAACUAGGCCUAUAGAUCUAUACCUAUCUCUAUAUAAUAUCUUAUUGAGUAUCCCCCCACCCUAACCUUGUUACAUUAUGCAUUGUGGAGCGGCUGCAGCUCAGAUGAUGCAAGGUCGCGUGUCUGGGGCUGGUUUAUGUAUUAAGAAAUUGGAGACCUUUAUGUAAUAUUAAACAGUUUCCCAUGUGGCAAACAAAUCCAGACCUCCCUCUAUUAUAGUUCAUCAGGACGCUGUCUGGGCUUCUGUUUUCUGAGGGAUGACAGACGUUUUGUACUUCAGGACACUUGCAUUCUAUUUAACUUCUAUUUAACCGUAUAUUUUAUUUGCACUAAACCGUCUUUAAUAAGGGACUAGCGGGCUCCAUCCCGCUCCCCUGCUGGCUGUUUGGAUGAACCGUAAGACUUCUUCUCCCAUACGACACAAGGUAGGCCUGCU